AUGUCUCAUCUAAAGGUUGAUGUCGACCUCACAAAACCGCUUCCAAGUGUGGUGGAGUUCACACGCCAGUCGGGUGAAGUUGUUGAGGUGCUGGUAACUUAUCCAUGGAUUCCACCUACUUGCUCUCACUGCAAGGAAAUUGGAUAUGUCAUGAGAAACUGCCUCAAGCUUCCACCACCACCUAAGAAACAACCUCCUCCUCCAAGGUCUAGUAAAACACCUCGGAAGAACCCUUCUGAGCCUGCGGAAGUAGCACCUGUAAAAAAUAAAGAUGAUAUCUGUAAGGCUCCCUCUGUUAUAAUUAAAGGCGCUACUUCAUCUUCUUCCAAUGCUACUCUUAAGGGUAAAGGUGUAGCCGAAUCUCCUAAUCCCCCUACUUUGCCCCCCAUUCCUGCCCCCUCCAGUUCUUCCAACUCCGCUAACACCCCUUCUUUACCCCCGCCUCGCCCUGUCUCAAACGUUGAUCCUCCUGGCCCCUCCACUACUAAAAAACCAGAUUCUCAACUUGUCCCUUAUCUUUCUUCACCCCUCUCCCCUCCCAACCCUCCUGAACAUCCAAAAAAAUGA